CUGUCUGUCUUAAAGGAGGACGACUGUUACUUCACCAUAUCGGAAUACAUACAUACAAGCCCACGCGUGUGUAUAUCUCAAAGCCCUCCGCAUCACCACACCAAGCGCGACUCAACUCUAUCGAAAUCUACAAUUCAAAUCCUUCGACCUCAAAAAAUCAUGCCUCUUCGCGUACCACGCCACAUUUGCACCCGCCCCUUCUCUACGACCCUCCAAACCCGCGCCGCAGUCCCUCAGUUCCAAUACAAACCGCAACUUCCCAGCCUCCCAAAUCCUACCCCCAGAGUCGGCCGUAUAGCAAAGUGGUACCUCCCCACCAUGGCUGUCCUCGCCUUGACCCUCGCCUCCCUCCCCUCCACUCUCUUCGCGCCUCCUCCCACCCAAAAUCGCACCGUCACCCUCCCCGCUGCGAAUUCACGCAUCGGUUUCGCCAUUGCCAAUGCGCUCGAGCACCAUAACCGCCAAGCAUACCUCACUCAGCAACGCCUCCUGGAGGAGCGCAAUCAUCAGCUCUUGGAAGCGUAUGGUGCCCGGAAUAGCCUCGAGGAUAUGGAGCGCGCAUUCGAGAUGAUGAGUUUUGGGGUGGCGGACGAGGGAGCGAGGAGGAUGGGAGGUGGCGCACGGGAUGAGACGGAGAGGAAUAGGAGGUUGGAGGAGGCGUAUGGAGGGAGGACUGAGAUCCGGGAGUUGCAGCGCGCCAUGGAGAUUUAUGAGGUGCAAUAAGGGAGAGGAGGAGUGGGUUACGAAUUACGACAUAACUUUCCUUAGAUGGAUUCCGGAUAGAAGAUGGUCCAGAGGUCCAGUCGACAUGGGGCGAUGUGAGGAGCCAAGACCAGUGAGCGUGUUAACCUCAAGAAGGGCAGAUCCCUAAGUCCAUAUUGGUACCGAUGACCGCGGUACUCUCAACACUCGCUUCGUGCAGAAGGAAGAACAGACCGUGAAGAAAGAGCAUAGCAGGAGUGGACAGUGUCGAGUGGGAAUGAAUAGAAGAAGAGGACAAGUCACAACAGGUGGCAUACCUGACUCCCCUUCAGGUACGGCGUUGGGGAUAGUAUAGCAC